CAAGAUGGCGACCAGUCAUGGUUAUCCUAAAUGGUUACUAAAUUCCAAAGAAGAUAUUACGAAAUCUAAGGAGUGGAACUCAUUUGUCCAUGAACUCCACGAGGCCGUACAGCAACAGUUGACAGAGAGCCAUGUCCAGUACUUCACAGACUUAUCAGAUGCUGAAAAAGAGCUCUUUAUGCAGAGAGCAACUAAGGCUUUGGAAGGAGGGUCGUCGUCCAAAAAUUUGUUCACCAAAGUUUCAAGCGUGAUGGACCAGCGCUUGAAUGAUGAGGUCAGUCAACAGCUGAUGGAUGACAACCCCACAGGUACAAAAUCUGACCUUGUGGUUGAAUCUGCUCAUGAAGGCGUCAUAAGCCUGUUGAAGCGCUGGCCAGAUAUGAAGAGUAAACUCCACAUCUGCUUUAACCAGCCACUGGUAGAGCCACUGAGGCAACUGGCCUGGCAGCUCUAUCUAAGUAACCCUAGAGCCAGGAAAAUCUAUGUUGACCUGUUAAAUGAAAACCCGCGGGCUGCCAUGUCACCUUUAGACCUGGAGAUCUCACAGAAAGUGGAGCAGAUGGUUCUGUCUGAAACAACAUUUGCUGAACUCAAGGGAUCUGUGGGUGCCUUCUAUGCGAUGAAGGCCACUUUGUCGUACCAUCAUGCUAGACAGCAGACCAGCAACAGGCUGAAGGACAUUGACUAUUUUCUUGUUGUACCUUUUGUGGUAGUUGCUAGCAGUAACAUUUCCAGGCGAGAACCUGCUUCAGGUAAACUUGUGGCACUUCUGGUGGAAGAAUACCUGACCUAUUUAAGUACACGACCUGGCUUUGUCAUAGAUUCUGGAUCUCAGCUUCACAAUGAAGAGAUGAAAGGAUUUGUCAAUAAAGUGGCUGUAAUACUAGAGAAACAUUAUCCUGAUGUGUCGACCGUCAUCUCCAAGACAUACAUCCCAGCCAGAGAGAAAAUUAUCGCCACAGAGAAGGGCUCUCGAGCUUUGUUGUUGGAAGGUCUGCAGGAACUUAUUCGACCGAUGGUACGCACCAUGCUAAUAGGUUAUUUGAACUUUGAAACUCUUCUGUUUGUGUGGGACCAGUACAUCAUUGGUCUAGAUGUGCCAGGUUUUAGUGCGGAGUGGCUGUCUGUUGCCAUAGCAACCCUUCUGGGCCUCGAACAUGAAAAGCUAAAAGAUUGUCAAUCUCCCCUGGCCAUGGAGGCUGUGUUAAACAGGGAAAGUCCUCACCUGACUGUACAGCAGUUUCAGUAUCAGAUCAAGAGGUACCACUACAGAGAACUGUUUGCCAUGCUGACCGCUGACCAGAAGGCUGCAAUGCCAGUCCUUGACCCCACACAGUCCAUCCACCCACCAUGGAGACACUGGUACAACGACCAGAUCCCCCCCUACACAAAACCUCAGGACAGACGCAAGGCCAGGGAGGAGAGGGAAGCAGAGAGAGAGAGACUACUACAGCAGCAGAGAGAUGCAGAAAGGUUAAAGAAAGAAGCAGAGCUCAGGGACAGAAGGGUGACUGAAGGGGAGAUGAUCAAAUCUACAGUUGAGGAGAGGGCUAGGCUGGACAGGGAGAGAAUUGAGUUGGAAAACCAACUUCAGGAGGAAAGAAGAAAACGACUGGACGCAGAGAGGCGAGCUCAGGAGGAGAUUGAACAGUUGCGCAGGGAGCUAAAUCUUUUGAAGAAACCUCCUAAAUCUCCAAAUCCAUCUUUGUUCAGCACUGCUUCCUAUGUCAGCCGCAUGUUGAUACCUCCUCCCCCAAGUCCAGCCUCUGCAAUGACCACCAUCCCAGAAUCCCCCUCCCACACCCCCGCCCCAUCGCUCAACCCCAGGGCUCAAGCUGAUGAGGUCAUGUUUGAUUUUCUCGCCAAGAUCAGGAAAAGUAUGGACAAAAUUGCAAGCGGUGAAGGCCCAGAGGCCGAGUACCUGGACAAGGAAACAGAAAAGUUUAUCUCCAACAACGUGCAGGACAUCAAGAGGGCUCAGCUGGAGGUGUUUGGCCACAGACUUCAACCGGGCGAGUUUGAGCGCAUGGACGCACAGAAGCAGAAGAGAUCUAGUGACCAGAUCAUGGAGCUCAUACAAAAAUGGCGGGAAGACAGGCGAGCAAGGGAGAUAAAACAGGGGAGAUAAAGCAGGGGGAUAACUCUUGAACAAAUUAUUUUUGUGAUUAGUUGUGAAAAAAUAUUAUAUUUUAUAAAAUAUGAUACUUAUUGAUUGCCAGAUUGAAGUAAGUGCAGUAAUUCUAAAGCAUGCCAAUGGAAUCGUACAUUGAAGGAUGGCUUGUAAUUAUCUAAUUUUGAACUUUUUGUUAAAAUGGUAUAAUUGUAAUAUAAUUUGUAUAAUUUAUUGUGGUAAAACUAAGUUUGUUAUACAAAAUAUGACUUUAAAGCUGUAUCAGAUUGUAUAUAUUUUUAGUGCUCUCCAUGGAUCAGUAAAUGUUUAUACUUCACUAGAAGAAGUUUACUGUUCAAAACAUUUUAAACCUGAGAGUGAUCUCCCAUAGAACUCCAAAUUUUAAGCCUAUCUGGUCAGACUUUGGUGUCUGGUGUGUCCGUCCCUUAAGGUCACCAUCCCCCAUAAUUUCUGUGAUUUGAUUUUACCUGUGUAUACCUUCACUGCUACAGUAAAACUGUUUUAGCUGAUGUACUUUACAUCUAAUGUCUAAGGUACUUCCUGUGCCACUGUGAAUACAUCUGUACAUUCCGUCCUAUUCUUUUAAUUUUCAGUAUACAAUUUUAUGCAUACUGUUUUAUACAUACAAAAAAUGUCAGUUAUUUAAAAGCAAUUUAACUGUUUUUUACAUCUAUUUUUAUAUCGAAU